AUGGUGUCCAUUGAUGCCAGGAUGAAGGUGUGUAACCGUGGAGUGCAAAUGCUCCUCACCACGGCGGGGGCUUUCGCGGCCUUCAGCCUGAUGACCAUCGCGGUGGGCACUGAUUACUGGCUGUACUCGCGCGGAGUCUGCAGGACCAAGAGCGUCAACGACAACGACACCAACCGCAAGAAUGAGGAGGUGCUGACGCAUUCUGGACUCUGGAGACAGUGUUGCAUGGAAGGCAUAUUUAAGGGCGUCUGUAAAAACAUCGACCAUUUUCCAGAGGACGCGGAUUAUGAACAAGAUGCUGCCGAAUAUCUGUUGCGUGCUGUGCGUGCAUCUAGUCUCUUUCCAAUUAUGAGUGUGGGGCUGCUGUUCAUUGGUGGAGUGUGUGUCGCUGCCAGUGAGUUUUACAAGAGCAGACACAACGUCAUCCUCAGCGCUGGCAUCUUUUUUGUCUCGGCUGGCCUCAGCAACAUCAUUGGCAUCAUUGUGUACAUCUCCUCCAGCGCCGGCGACCCCAACCAAAGCGAGUCUAAGCGCAGUCACUGGUACGGCUGGAGCUUCUACUGCGGCGCUCUCUCCUUCAUCAUAGCGGAGACGGUGGGCGUCCUGACCGUGCACCUGUUCAUCGACACGCACCGGGUGCUCAGAGCGCGGGCCCAUCGCUCGCUCCAAACCAGCACGCAUUCACUACAGCAUCGCCGUUCCUUCAGCUACCGCUCACGCUACCGCUGGAGGCAAGGCCCAAACCGCUCAUCUGACUCCCGGUCGCGUGAACCCUCUCCUGCACGUCAGAGCAACGACCUCGGCCUGUACGCGCUGGGACGAACACUUCCACCAACAGCUGCUCACCCGCUCGCGCACAACUCCCUCAGCUCUAGCCAUGGCUUCGCACACUUUCAUAACUCUGUCAUCGCUAAUAACAGCUUCGCUAAUCCUCACGCAUUCCCAAUGCAGAACUCUGUGAAGUCAGAAAGAGGGCUCCCGCACAUACAGAACUCGCUGGGUCCAGAGAAAGGCUUUGUGAUUCCUAAUGCACAAAAUUCAGUCAAGGCGGAAAACGGAGUCGUGCUGUCGCAGAACUAUAAGCGCAACUCAGUAAGUACCGUUAAAAGUGCAGCACAUGUGCAAAAUUCGGGGAAUGAUGUUGCACACGUGCAAAACUCUAUAAAAGAGCCAUUGUUUAUGCCUCAUAGUGGCACUGCGACAAGAAGAACAACACCAGUGUGAAAAGAAAUGAUUUAAAGGGAUAGAUCAGAUUAAAAAUAAACAAAUAUGCUGUUAAUUUACUCAUUCUCAGGCCAUCCAAGAUGCUAGUGACCUUUAUUCAGAGGAAUAUUAAAGGAACACUCCACUUAGAAAAAAAAUAGGCUCAUUUUAU